AUGGAGCCUUCCCACACAGAUGGCGGGCAGGCGAGCACAUCCCCCACCAUUCCCGCAGGUUCCUUAGCUUGGGUUGAAGAUAGCGAAUAUGGUUUUCUGACAGUGAAAGUGUCACGCGUGGACUUUUCUACCAGGCGUGCCUACGUGGAGACGCACCCAGAGGGAGCCAGCGGUGUGGCUGCAGCGCAAGCAGCUGCAGCAGUGGUGAGGGAAGCCACUGCAGCCCUACUUGCUACUGACCCGUCUGUGUCUCUUCAAUCUUCGACACAGUGCGACACACAAGGGCAGGACGGCGCACGGACGCCACCAAUUGCCCUGCAGGAUCUGCAGUCAAGCAACCACACCGAGCAAUGGAAAGAGCACCGACCAGCACCAGAAAGUACUGAUCUGAGGCAGGAUAAUCCUGCUCAGUGUUGUGGAAGUUACGAAGGACCUGUGCCGCAGCCGUGUGAGGGGCUUGAAACCACUGUGCUAUGCACACUCCCUGAAAAGAACAUCUGCGAGUCUUUUGGGAACUCGGGUACUAUUUUCCUAGGAAACGUAGAGCACAACGCAUCAAACGCAGCUGAAGCUGCAGCCAAGGAAACUAUUGUGAAUUUCGCUCCAAAGCCGCCCUUCGAAGUCCCUCUCACUCACCUUUGGCCCUACAAUGCACCCCCCUUGCCGCCUCACCCAGUGCCAGAUGAUAGCGCCAGCUGCGGAACAUUGUCAGCCGCAGCAUUGCUUCAGCUUCUUCAACACAGAUAUAUCCGAGAUGAGAUUUACACCUACGCAGCAAAUGUGCUGCUGGCCGUCAACCCCUACAAGCCACUGCCUCACUUGUACACUGCACAGCAAAUCCUUCUCUACCGGAAUUGGAGAGAGGUUGCCCGAACGUAUCGUCGCAACUUUCCAGAAGAGCAGUGGCACAGCAGCAGGGAGGGAGGCCUUCUCGCCAACUCCAGCAGUGCCAUUGGCUCCAUUCUCGACAGUCUACCUGGAGUUCUACCCAUACGCCGACCCUCUCUCAUCGAAUGUUUUGAUGGUGUUUUGGGCUCCUCUAGUGAUCCUGCAGACAGGACAAAUGUUAAUCCGUGGACAAUAAACUCAACCACGUCUGCAGAACGUAGUACACAGGCGUAUGGGACGCAGGCCAAAGCACUCGCUGCAGAACAGGCUUUCAAGCGCAGCACUGCAAGCCGAAACAGGCCGCCACCGCAUCCGUUCGUUGUUGCAGAAGACGCUCUGCGUCGUCUUGUGGGGACACAAACUAGUCAAACUAUUGUGGUUUCGGGGCAAAGUGGAGCCGGAAAGACCGAAACAAGCAAGCAGCUUAUGCUUUUUCUCACGCACGUCUCCACCUCCUCGCAGGAUGACAAAGCAUUGCUGAGCAGCGAACUGAAGUUGCUGCACUUCUAG